CCGGGAUUUCUCUCGAGAUCCGGGCUGAGGCUGUUUUCAGUUGCCGGGCCGCACGCUUGACGCUGCUAUGGCUGCGAUAAAGGCGGUAAACUGCAAGGCCGAGGUGGCGCGGGCCCAGGCGGCCUUGGCUGUCAAUAUAUGUGCCGCCCGAGGGCUGCAGGAUGUGCUGCGUACCAACUUGGGGCCUAAAGGCACCAUGAAAAUGCUUGUUUCUGGUGCAGGUGACAUCAAACUCACCAAAGAUGGCAAUGUGCUGCUCCAUGAGAUGCAAAUUCAACACCCAACAGCUUCCCUGAUAGCAAAAGUAGCAACAGCCCAGGAUGACAUUACAGGAGAUGGUACUACUUCCAAUGUUCUAAUUAUUGGAGAGUUACUAAAACAAGCUGAUCUUUACAUUUCUGAGGGCCUGCACCCUAGAAUAAUAGCUGAAGGAUUUGAAGCUGCUAAGAUAAAAGCACUUGACGUUUUGGAAGAAAUUAAAAUUAACAAAGAGAUGAAAAGAGAAAUCCUCUUAGAUGUGGCUAGAACAUCUCUGCAAACUAAAGUUCAUGUUGAAUUGGCUGAUGUGUUAAUAGAGGCUGUGGUGGAUUCUGUUUUGGCUGUUAGAAGACCGGGUUAUCCUAUUGAUCUCUUCAUGGUAGAAAUCAUGGAGAUGAAGCAUCAAUCAGAAACAGAUACAAAAUUGAUCAGAGGAUUAGUUUUGGACCAUGGUGCCCGUCAUCCAGACAUGAAGAAGCGAGUGGAAGAUGCAUUUAUCCUUACUUGCAAUGUGUCACUAGAAUAUGAAAAAACAGAGGUGAGCUCUGGUUUCUUUUAUAAGACUGCUGAAGAGAAAGAGAAAUUGGUAAAAGCUGAAAGGAAAUUUAUUGAAGAUAGAGUACAAAAAAUCAUAGACCUGAAGGACAGAGUCUGUGCUCAGUCCAAUAAAGGAUUUGUUGUCAUUAAUCAAAAGGGAAUUGAUCCAUUUUCCUUAGAUGCUCUUGCAAAACAUGGCAUAGUAGCUCUUCGCAGAGCAAAAAGAAGAAAUAUGGAAAGACUCGCUCUUGCUUGUGGUGGAAUGGCUGUGAAUUGUCUUGAAGACCUUACUGUAGAUUGCUUGGGACAUGCUGGUCUUGUACAUGAGUGUGCUUUAGGUGAAGAAAAGUUCACUUUUAUUGAGGCCUGUGUUAACCCUCGUUCUGUCACCUUGUUGGUUAAAGGACCGAAUAAGCAUACUCUGACACAAAUCAAGGACGCUAUAAGGGAUGGACUUCGUGCCAUCAAAAAUGCCAUUGAAGAUGGCUGUGUAGUUCCAGGAGCAGGUGCAGUUGAAGUGGCAAUAGCGGAAGCCCUUGUUAAUUACAAGCAUAGUAUAAAAGGAAGAGCUCGUCUUGGAGUCCAAGCUUUUGCUGAUGCCUUGCUCAUUAUUCCUAAGGUUCUUGCUCAGAAUUCUGGUUUUGACCUGCAGGAAACACUGGUAAAAGUUCAGGCUGAACAUUCUGAAUCAAAACAACUUGUUGGUAUAGAUCUGGAUACCGGUGAGCCCAUGGUAGCGGCAGAUGCAGGAGUUUGGGAUAAUUAUUGUGUGAAAAAACAACUUCUUCAUUCUUGCACAGUGAUUGCCACCAACAUUCUCCUGGUUGAUGAAAUUAUGCGAGCUGGUAUGUCUUCUCUUAAAGGGUGAUUGAGUUCAAAAUCAACUCUUCCAGAAGCUGAGAUUUAGUACAUUUACAUCAGCUACCAUUAUAUAACCUGAGCCAUUCUUAAUUUUUGCACAAUAAAAACGGUUUAUAUUUGCUGGCCUUAGCAGUCUCAAUAAUACUACAUCAACGUAUAAAGAA